GGGCGCUUUCCAUUAACGUUGCCUUCUCGGCGACGUCACCUGGAAACGGUGACGUUAAUGGAACGGUUGGUAACGUCACAAUUACUAAAUAUGGAGGAAUGCGAAUCCAAGCGAAACACUCGCAUAAUAAAGAUAUUUCUCCUUCAAGAACUUGAAAGCGAUGAGAUGAAUGUUUGUGACGACGAUGUUACGCCAGAGGUUAUACGUCAUCUCUUGUCAGAAAAAAGAAUAAGCCGACAGCGUAUUUCUGAUUAUUUCAACGUAACAAUACCAGGAUACUCCCCAGAUGAAUUUUCCUCGCAUUUUCGAAUGCGAAGAGAGACUUUUGAGGAAGUCUGUAGACAGAUACUGUCAACAGGCCACAUCCCAAAAGAACAUGUUCAUGGCAGAGAAAUCAUUGAACCUUCCAAACAAGUAAUGAUUUCUAUAUGGAUGUUGGCAAAUAUGGAAGGAUACAGACAAAUAAGUGACAGGUUUAAUGUCACUUAUUCCUCCGUGUACAGAUGCUUCAUGAGGACAUGUACCGCUUUACAAUGCCUUUCUGUAGAAAAAAUCAAGUGGCCUACUGGAGCUAGGGCAAAUGAAGUCAUUGAAGGCUUUGAAAACCUCAUGGGUUUCCCUCGAGUUUUAGGGGCUGUCGACGGAUGUCACGUUCAGAUAAAAGCUCCACAAGAAAAAUACCAUCCCAUGUCUUAUCUGAAUAGGAAACGGGACUAUUCGGUUAUUUUACAGGCAGUGUGUGAUCAUACUUUGCGGUUCACGGACAUUGUAUCCGGAUGGCCUGGUUCUGUACACGAUGCAAGGGUCUUCAAAAAUUCCCCCCUUUAUGAAGCCAACGAAAACCUCUUUCCUGGCGAUACACAUAUUGUUGGAGAUGCAGCAUAUCCACUGCAAAGUUGGAUUUUAACACCAUAUAAAGAUACAGGAAAUCUGGCCGAGUGUCACAAAAGGUACAACUUCAUACACUCCAACACUCGUCAGAUGAUUGAAAGAGCAUUUGGUUUGUUAAAAGGAAAAUGGAGAAGGUUGAGAUUCCUUGAGAUGACCAAACUAGAAGACGUUCCAAGUGUUAUAACAGCAGCCUGUACACUUCACAAUAUGUGCAUAGACAACAAUGAUAAUGACCUGGACAUGUGCAAUGAUACCAGUAUCUUCCCAGAUGCUCCAGCUGUGGGUGAGCCUUUGAACCAGAGUGGAUCCGUAAAAAGAAAUGCCCUAGCCCAGUAUUUCUGGUCUACCAACCGAUAAUAAACUUCAAUGAAAUUAAGAAAACAAUGCUAAAUUUACAAAUGUUUCCUUUUUAUUGAAAUUUAACAAAAUGCUUUUUAUGUAACAUUUACAUUAAAAAUUUUCAAUGAUCAGAA